CUCCAUAGGAGAACAACGCUGAAAAUCUGAACGGAGUGUCAAUAAUGAAACAUCGUUUCCGCUGCAACCGACCAAGUGAAUUCCACCCACAGUAGCAUAAAAUGAAAUCUGAGAGAAAUGCUUAGGAUUACAACUAGUAAAAAGACUUCUACUGAAACAAAAUACCAGUAAUGGAUUUGAUAGUUCGGCAAAACAGGAUAACUGAUUUGACAAGACCACUGGACAGUGAAUGAAGACCCAUCUGGAGAGGAACUGAGAGGUUUUGGGCAUUUUUUUCUUUUUCCGUUCUUUUUUCCCGUUAAAAGCUGCUCAGCCCACUUGUGACCGAUGGGGGCAGCGGGAUCUCUGGACUGAGUGCAGCUAGCGGCUCUAGCUGAUAGUGAGAGAGAGAGAGAGUUAAAAAAAGAAGGUGUGUAUGUUGGUGUCUUGCCUUCGCAGUCUUUGUUACGACGGACCAUGUGGUUUUCGCCGAGGAGAAAUCGUCCCUCUGUCGCACACCUUCAGGACUCCGUCAGUGGCGGCGGCGGCGACACCAGGCAGGGCACCACUCUCGCCGCGUCGCUGCUGUGGAUAUUGAUCCUGUCCUGGUGCUCGGCGUUCGCACGAGGCCAGAGCUACCACCAGCCCGUGGCCAACACCAAUUACGGGAAGCUGCGUGGCGUGCGCGUGCCGCUGCCCAGCGAGAUCCUGGGGCCCGUGGACCAGUACCUGGGAGUUCCCUACGCCGCUCCGCCGGUGGGCGAGAAGCGAUUCCUGCCCCCGGAGCCGCCCUCCUCCUGGUCAGGGAUCAAAAACGCCACCCACUUUGCCCCUGUGUGUCCGCAGAACAUCCACAACGCCGUGCCGGAAAUCAUGAUGCCAAUCUGGUUCACCUUUAACCUGGAUAUAGUUGCUACAUACAUACAGGAUCAGAACGAGGAUUGUUUGUACUUGAACAUCUAUGUUCCAACUGAGGAUGUCAAAAGAAUAUCCAAGGAAUGUGCCAGAAAACCCAACAAGAAAAUAUGUAGAAAAGGAGGGCCGCAUUCGAAAAAACAGGGAGAGGAUUUGUCUGAUAACGACGGUGAUGAAGACGAAGACAUUCGAGACCAAGGUGCCAAGCCCGUCAUGGUGUACAUCCACGGAGGCUCGUACAUGGAGGGGACUGGGAACAUGAUUGACGGCAGUGUGCUGGCCAGCUAUGGGAACGUCAUUGUGAUCACGCUCAACUUCCGAGUCGGAGUACUGGGCUUCCUGAGCACCGGUGACCAGGCCGCCAAGGGCAACUACGGGCUGCUGGACCAGAUCCAAGCUCUGCGCUGGAUCAGCGAGAACAUCGGCUACUUUGGCGGCGACCCGAAGCGCAUCACCGUGUUCGGCUCGGGCAUUGGAGCGUCCUGCGUGAGCCUGCUCACUCUGUCCCACCACUCCGAAGGGCUCUUCCAGAGGGCCAUCAUCCAGAGCGGCUCUGCCCUGUCAAGCUGGGCCGUCAACUACCAGCCCGUCAAGUACACGCGCAUGCUGGCGGAGAAGGUGGGCUGCAACGUGCUGGACACCAUGGACAUGGUCGACUGCCUGAGGAAGAAGAGCGCCCGCGAGCUGGUGGAGCAGGACAUCCAGCCGGCGCGCUACCACGUGGCAUUCGGCCCGGUGAUCGACGGCGACGUCAUCCCCGACGACCCCGAGAUCCUGAUGGAGCAGGGCGAGUUCCUCAACUACGACAUCAUGCUGGGCGUCAACCAGGGCGAGGGCCUGCGCUUCGUGGAGAACGUGGUGGACUCGGAGGACGGCGUGUCGGGCAACGACUUUGACUUCUCCGUCUCGGACUUCGUGGACAGCCUGUACGGCUACCCGGAGGGCAAGGACACGCUGCGCGAGACCAUCAAGUUCAUGUACACGGACUGGGCUGACCGGGACAACCCGGAGACGCGCCGCAAGACGCUGGUGGCGCUCUUCACCGACCACCAGUGGGUGGAGCCCUCAGUGGUGACGGCCGACCUGCACGCGCGCUACGGCUCACCGACCUACUUCUACGCCUUCUACCACCACUGCCAGAGCCUGAUGAAGCCUGCCUGGUCGGACGCGGCCCAUGGAGACGAGGUGCCCUACGUGUUCGGCAUCCCAAUGAUCGGCCCCACUGACCUGUUCCCUUGCAACUUCUCCAAGAACGACAUCAUGCUCAGUGCCGUGGUCAUGACCUACUGGACUAAUUUUGCCAAGACUGGAGAUCCCAAUAAGCCCGUGCCCCAGGACACCAAGUUCAUCCACACCAAGGCCAACCGCUUCGAGGAGGUGGCCUGGUCCAAGUACAACCCCCAGGACCAGCUGUACCUGCACAUCGGCCUGAAGCCGCGCGUGCGUGACCACUACCGCGCCACUAAGGUGGCCUUCUGGAAGCACCUGGUGCCCCACCUGUACAACCUGCACGACAUGUUCCACUACACGUCCACCACCACCAAGGUGCCGCCGCCCGACACCACGCAGAACUCGCUCUCCACCCGCCGGCCCAACGGCAGCAACAAGGCGUGGCCGUUCAACACCAAGCGGCCGCCCAUGUCGCCGGCGUACAACAGCGAGAGCGGCAAGGAGCCGUGGAACAGCGAGGAGGCGGCGGGCCCGCUGGUGGUGGAGAACCCGCGCGACUACUCCACCGAGCUGAGUGUCACCAUCGCCGUGGGCGCCUCGCUGCUCUUCCUCAACGUGCUGGCGUUCGCCGCGCUCUACUACCGCAAGGACAAGCGCCGGCAGGACUCACAGCACCAACCGGCCAGCCCGGGGGCGGCCGCCGCGCAACAGCGGCAGGCCACCGCCAACGACAUCGGGCACCACGGCCCCGAGGAGGAGAUCAUGUCGCUGCAGAUGAACCAGACGCACCACGAGUGCGAGGCCAGCAUGCCGCCGGCGGGCAUCGGCGGGGGCGGUGUCGGCGUCGGGGUGGGCGACCCGCUGCGGCUGGCCUCGCUGCCCGACUACACGCUGACGCUGCGCCGCUCGCCGGACGACAUCCCGCUCAUGACGCCCAACACCAUCACCAUGAUCCCCAACUCGCUGGUGGGCAUGCCCAACCUGCACCCGUACAACACCUUCACGGCCGGCUUCAACUCCACCGGCCUGCCCCACUCACACUCCACUACCCGCGUAUAGCUUUAAGGAGCCGAGCAGGAGCCUAGG